AUGGCACCGAGCAAACAACCCAAUGUGGCCAUUAUCGGGGCUGGCUUGGCAGGCCUACGAUGCGCCGACAUCCUUAUCCAGAACGGCGCGAAGGUAACCAUCUUCGACGCGCGCAAUAGAGUUGGAGGGAGGGUACAUCAGACCAAGGUUGGCGACCAUCUGGUAGAUAUAAGGGGCCCAAAUUGGAUUCAUGGAGCCGGGGAAAACCCGAUCCUUAAUAUUGCCAAUGCAACUGGAACAACGGUGCAUGAUUUUGAAGGGGGUCAGCUUGUAUUUACAUCUGACGGAGGCGUUAUGGACGACCGCGUUGCUGAGAAAAUCUCGGAUAUCUUGUGGACGAUCAUUCAGGAGGCGUUCAACUAUAGCAACGCCCACCAAGAUGAUAUUCCGGCUGAGAGGAGUUUGCUUGAUUUUAUCCGCGAGCGUCUUGAGAAGAUGGAUCUGAGCGCGGAAGAGAAGAAUCUGGUCAUUGAGUCUUCCAGACUUUGGGGCGCAUAUGUCGGAGACCCUGUCGACAGGCAAAGUCUUAAAUUCUUCAACUUGGAGGAAGCAAUAGAUGGAACCAACUACUUCGUCGCAUCAACAUAUAAAGACAUCCUCAAACACGUCUCAAAUAGCGCUCUACAACAUGCAGACAUCCGCUUAAACCAACCCAUCACCAAGGUCGACUCAAAUCCAGACACUCAAGGAACAAGCACCCGUCGCGAAGUCACACUAACCACUGAAUACGGUGAAAGCCACGUCUUCGAUGAAGUUGUUGUUACUUGUCCCCUGGGCUGGCUCAAGCGCAACAAAUCCGCCUUCACCCCGAAACUGCCCCCGCGCCUUUCCAGCGCCAUCGACAAUAUCUCCUACGGCCGUCUGGAGAAAGUCUACAUCACGUUCCCUGAAGCAUUCUGGCACUCUGCAACAAGCAAUCCCGUCUCCCUGCCUCCACUCACCGGCACGGCGCCAACCCAAACCACCAGCAACGGCACGAACGGCCAUACCAGCAACCUUAACCUAGCCCACUUCCUCAACCCCUCCUACCACAAAGACCACCCAGCCGACAUUCCCUGGGACCAAGAAUGUUUCUCCAUGGCCCCCUUCCCGGACGGAGCCGCGCACCCAACCCUCCUCUUCUACACAUACGGCCCCUGCUCCUCAUACAUCGUCAACAAACUCACCUCCCUAUCCCCCACAACCCCCCAAACCAACGAAGCCCACCCCCCUUCAACCCCAGCCUACAACUUCCUAACAACCCUCUUCCACCCCUUCUACUCCCUCCUCCCAAACUACACCCCCACCUCCCCCUCCUGCACCCCUCUCUCCAUCCUCGCCACACGCUGGCAAUCAGACCCCUACGCCGGAAACGGCAGCUACGCCAAUUUCCAGACCGGCCUGGAAGAAGGCGACAAGGAUAUCGAGGCCCUGCGCGCAGGGAUGGGCGUUGAGCGCGGCGUGUGGUUUGCGGGCGAGCAUACGGCGCCGUUUGUGGCGCUGGGGACGACGACGGGGGCGCUUUGGAGUGGGGAGAGGGUUGCUAGGGAGGUUUGUGCGUUGGUAGGGCUUGGGUGUGUCGGCGUUGAACGUGUUGGGAGGGAUGAUAGUUUGCCUAGUGCCUGUGCUUGUCGGGGGGGUGGGGCGGAGGAGGUUAAGUAA